AUGUCACAAUCUCUUAUAAUAUUUAGACCUUCAGGAAAGGUAGAAUAUCAAUUCAACACAAAAAUUCACCCAUUCAACGACUUGAUUUCCCAUAUCGUUAACGAAACCUGUAUUGAUCUAGCACCUAACUUUGUCACCAAGACCAUCAGCCAAAAGAGAUUCUAUAGUUUGCAUAGAAAGGGCGGUGAUGACGUUGGCAGCAGUGGCGAUUUAUAUGCGGCGUUAUACUUUGAUGCUGUGACAACCAUUGACAGUGAGAAAAUUAGACUGACUUUGAAUGGGAUCUUGAAGACUUUUGUCAAGUUGAGUGAGGAGGGGGAUGACGAGGACCACAGUAAGUUGAAAAAAUUGGUUGAUCUUCAAUUUAACCAAUUGAUGAAGUUGAAGCAGAGCGAGGAGAGUGCCACACCAGUCAGAGAGAGAACACCAUUGAGUGGUCAUGCUAGUGGCACAAGCACUCCUUCAGCUAAGAAAGCUAAAGGUGGGAAGAAGAUGAGAAAGUGGGAUGGUGAAGAAAUGAUUGACUUUGAUGGGAAAGAGGCAUUGGAUUAUUCGAAUGGACAAGUUGAAGGUGAAGUUGGAGAAGGAGACAAGUCAAUUUUGAACAUUGAUCAAACUGCAUUUGUCAAGGACAACGAUUUAGUGCUUGUCAAUGAAUUAAAUGACAUUUUGAAUGAAUCUGAUGACGAGGAGCAAGAAGAAGGUGCUGGAACUCAAAAGUCAGGAUUCUUCUCCAAGAUUUCUUCGUAUUUUGGUGGGGCAAUUAAUGUCGAUGAAGUGUCCAAGAAAUUCCAUGAUCAAUUAAUUUCCAAAAACAUUGCUCCGCAAACCUCCAAAUCUAUAAUAGAAAAGAUAAAGUUGAAAUUGCAGAACAAGAGUAACAUAACCAUGGCCGUUUACCAACAAACAUUAACUGAUGAAUUAACCAAGAUUUUAACUCCUAAUGUAUCUACUGAUUUACUUUACGAUAUCAAAAAACAAAAAACUAGAGGAACAAGACCAUAUGUCAUUUCUGUGGUCGGUGUCAAUGGUGUGGGAAAAUCCACCAAUCUUGCCAAAUUAGCUUAUUGGUUCUUGCAGAACAAUUUAAAUGUCUUGAUUUGUGCCUGUGACACCUUCAGGUCAGGGGCAGUUGAACAAUUGAAAGUGCAUGUUAAUAACUUGCAGAAAUUAAAUGACAUGUCAACCACCACAUCUUCCAAGAUUGAGCUAUUUGAAAAGGGGUACGGAGCCGGAGAUCAUGUAGUGCAAACGGCCAAACUGGCCAUUCAGUUCGCCACUGAUGAGAAAUUCGAUAUUGUAUUGAUUGAUACCGCAGGUAGAACCCAUUCCAAUGCCAAGUUAAUGGCACCAUUGAAGAAGUUUGGUGAUGCUGCCGACCCCGAUAAGAUCAUCAUGGUCGGUGAAGCAUUAGUCGGAACAGACUCAGUUGAACAGGCGAUAAAUUUCAACAAUGCGUUUGGAAACAAGCGAAAUUUAGACUUCUUUAUCAUUUCCAAAGUCGAUACUGUGGGUGAUUUGGUUGGUACUAUGAUCAACAUGGUUAUGGCUACGAAAGUCCCUAUUUUGUUUGUAGGCACGGGUCAAACUUAUACCGACAUUAAGAGAUUGAGUGUUAAGCAAGUUGUAGAGAUGUUAAUGAAGUAA